UUUUUUUUUUCCCGCUCUCUCCGCAUCAUCUGCCAUCCUGCGGACAUACAACUGUCAGCGGCAAGUCUCCAUCUGCUUACAGCCGGUCUGCAUGCUCUGUCACCCAGGAUUUGGGAGGCCUUUUUUUUCACCACUGCCUGGAAGCAGUUAAAGGGAUUUGAAUAUGUAUAUUCCUCCCCAUUUUCAAUGGUUGGAGGCCCGGCAGGGUCCUCCGGGGGAUGCGAGUGCAGGACCCGACAGCCAGGAUAGUCCAGAUCCGGGAAAUAAAGAUUCAGGGAAAGAUAAUUCGGGUGGGACGUCGGCAAGGACGAAUGCUGCUAUUAUUGUCGCUGCGGUUAUCGUCUUCGCCAUCACCGUCGGCGUAAUCCUUUUCUUCAUCCUCCGCACCCUCCGUCGAAUGAACUGCUCUCCCAAAUACCUCCCCGGAAAACGCCUCAAAGAUAAAUGGAAUCGAUGGAAUGCUGGACGCUCGUACGGCCAGUUGUCGAACGGAUCGUCGUCCAAUCAGGCUAAUGACACGGCAUACCACGGCUCGGGUCGUAGUGGUGGAUCGGAGAUGAACACGACUGAUAAUGCUACGAAUGGAGUCCGUCGUGAGACCUCGGUUCGAUCGGUGAUUACGCUACCGCCGUACUCGGCGGCUCCCAAGCCGGAAGAACAGAUUAUCGCCCGCGAAGGUGAACGGGAGGGUAUGGAUGUUGUUGUGGAGUUCCCCGAGACUGCUGAGGAGGAGGAAGUGCGGAGAGAGGAACUCAUGGAAGGGCUGUACCAGAUUCGAGUGCAGCGGCGGCAGGAACAUGCUGAGCGUGAGGCUCGACGACAGGCCCGUCGGGAUGCCCGGCAACGGGGCGAUUAUAUUCGUCUGGAGGAACUUCGCUUGCAGAGUACCAUCCGCGAUCGCAGUCGCUCGGAGGCUCGGGGGAACAGAGGAAACAGUAAUAGCCGCAACCAGUCGGCCGCGACACACCUGGCAGAGAGUCAGAGCCGUGGUCGGGAUAGGCGAAUCGCCAGUGUGAGCUACGCUGCUUUGGGUCGCGUGCGACAUGAUGGUUCGCGUCUAAGGAACAAUUCGACUGAUUCUGACAACCGCCCUCUGCUGCAGAGCUCGGGGGAUGGUUCUACGGGUGAACUUACGCACUACCGUGGUGAAUCAUACUCUUCUCUUGUCUCGGGGUCGUCUGUUACUUCGGAUGGAGAUACGUUGACUCCUGUGGCGUCUCAGCGACAGUCCAUGUAUUCCGCGCGUUCUCGCUCGAAUAGCCGCCCUGAGUCCAUUCCGGAAGAGGAGCCGGAAACUACCGGUGUCGAUACUACCGGUGCUCCGCCUCCUCCGGAAUACGAUUUCUUGGACUGGGGAGAGGCGCCUGCGUAUUCAAGCCCGGUCGUGAUGCAGUUCGGGCCGGAUGCGCGAGGGAGCAGGAAUCUAACGGGAGAGGCUAGGCAGACCACGGGUUCGAAUGAAAACGAGAGAAGAGAGGAACGGGACGAGACAGCACAAAGCAACCAAAAUAACGAGACGGAUCAGAAUACGGAGAGAAGUCGGCCUCCGCAACUGCCUCAACUCUCCCUUCUACCCACUAUUCAGGUCGAUGUUGCGAGUCCCAUUGGCGAUUUGACGCCAACGACACCUACCAUGCCUCGACCGAGAGAGGAGCAAGCAGAGCAUGCCCCAGAGCAUGCCCCAGAGCACGCCUCGGAACACGCCCCAGAACAUCCUGCCGAACAGCCCGCCGAGCAUUCCAGCAACAACGGCAACAGCGCCCCGGACACAACUGCGGCUUCUCACCAAAACUCUUGAUUUCCACCUCUACAUUCAAUUGUACACCUAAUUACGAGUAUGACGAUUACGAUCUUUUAAUUCCCCGGACAUUAGUGGAUAUCAGCCCCGAAUUAGUGGGCUAGCAUGGCGUUGGAGGGAUUGUGUUAAUGAUUUGGUUGGACAUGGUAUUAAUUGUAGAUAUUGGCCAGUUGAAAUUGGUAACCAUAUCUAUUUACAUACGGAGUAACUAGUUAGUGA